AUGACAACAUCCGACCGUAAAGGGUUAACUAUCGUUUCUCUUUCAUCCUAUCUAAUUUUUUUAAUAUCUGGAAAUGAAACUAAAACUUUCUAUCCAUUAACAAUUCAAAUCAAACAUGAAGAAAAAGAUACAUUUAAUUUAUGUUACAAUUUAACCACAAACCAUUCAUAUUAUCUUACAUUUCGUUUAUUUGAACACAAACAAAUAAAAUUUGGUUUACUUUCACCAGCAUAUCAAUAUCAAGAGCGUUCAAUUAAACUCUUUACUCAAUAUAAUAUAUCAACAGAAUCGUUUAUUGAUUUAUUUUUUGUUUUCAUUUUAUUCUAUCGUUGA